CCGCGUCGCAGCAAUGCCUUUCCACCACGGACUCCAGCAAAACACACAUCAGCUUGAGGGCUCAAUGCUGGCACGAGGCGAGAGGCGUCCACCCUCGUCUCUCUGUGCGCCAACCCCUGCCGCUACGAACCCACAACCCUCCUGCCUUCCCGAUAAUGGACGACUAGAAGACUAUGUUUCUAUGAACCUGCUGCUUUUUAUUUGAAAAGCUAUUAUUUUCUCUCUAAAGCGCGAGGCUCGUUGGUGCCCCCAGGAGCCGAUACUGCACAUGUGCCCUGUGAGCACAGCAGGCCGAUGAUGCUUCCUAGCCCAGUAACGUCAACGCCGUUUUCUGUCAAGGACAUACUGAAGCUGGAGCAGCAGGCCCAACACUUACACGGGCCGUGGACACUUCCAGGGCAGCAGCAGCAACUACAGCAGCAGGCGCUCUCGCAGGCCGACUGGCAGUCGCGCUUCCACAGUCCACCGUCUUGUGCGCUCGGCGGCGCGGACAGCCCGGCCUUCUCUGACAGCGAGGACAGAAUGGCUUUCCUCAAUGCGCUCUCCGUGCAGGACGGCCUGGUGGAAAGCAGCCUCUCUCCCCCGAUCUUCGCCCAUACCUCUUUGGGACACGUCGUGGAUCCCAAGCUGGAGGAGGAUCUUGAAGAACAGGAAAGCAAAGGUUGCGGGGCAGCGGUGCGCUCUCCAGACUGUGAAGCUGAUGUGUCGGACUCGGAGAGGGCGCCAAGGCCGCGCAGCAGGCGCAAGCCGCGCGUGCUUUUCUCGCAGGCGCAGGUUUUCGAGCUCGAACGGCGGUUUAAGCAGCAGCGCUACCUGUCCGCCCCGGAGCGGGAGCACCUGGCCAGCGCCCUCAAGCUGACGUCCACACAGGUCAAGAUCUGGUUUCAGAACCGCAGAUACAAGUGCAAGAGACAGCGGCAGGACAAAACUUUGGAGAUGGCGGGACACCCCCACCCUCCACCGCCGAGGCGCGUGGCAGUACCCGUCCUGGUUCGGGACGGCAAGCCUUGCUUAUCCGGAUCACAGAAUUACAACGCGACUUAUGCCGUGGGGCCCAACCCGUACACGUACAACGGUUACUCCACUUAUAAUAACGCCGCCUAUACUAACGCCUAUAACUGCACAUAUCCGACUCUACCGGCGUUACCGGCAAACACAGCGGCCAGCCCGUUAAUGAGCAUGAGCCUCAGUAAUCUCGGGACGCACUCCCAACCUCAGGCAGCCCAAGGGACAACCGUUUCACCAUGCCAAGGACCUCUGCAGGGCAUCCGCGCCUGGUAGUGCAACGAUGACAUUUCACCAUCUUGUAGGCUCCCUUUCCCGCAAAUAACAAGCUUUACACUCGUCCCGUAGUAGCCCCAACGGCAUGUUUCAUUAUGACUAUCAGUAUCACUCAAAAAAGGUAACAGUGUGGUGGACACUUUACGUUGGAGAAGUUCUUGAUGUAUAACUGCGACUGCUGAAUGCAUGUAAAUGAAGUUAUUGUUGUUUUAUUGUGUUUGUUUUGUUUUUUGUUUCUGGUGGAACUAAUUGUGUUGAACGUAAAGUAUUACUGAUUAAUGUUUAAGGCGCUGGCAUCUCAUGAUACUGCAAAAUUGUUCAAUCCUGCUUUGCGCUGGACCAAAUCUUGAGACAGUUUUAGACACUGAGGCACUCUUAAGAGUUAGGAACAAAAUGUCUUCAGUAAAGCACGUGGAAAUUGCAA